UUCCAGGUUAGUUUAGUUAUCUGAAAUUCUCUGUGUCAAUCAGACUUGAAAAAUAAACCCCAAAUAUUUCUUUCUCUCUUUUUUUUUGUGCUUAGGGCUAGUGUUAGAAACCUGUACCAACAGCAGGCCAGACUCAAAUAUCAGCUAUGGCAGCCCAUGCAUGAAGUUGAUGCCUUUGAACUAUUUCCUAUAGAUGAGAGACAUAGCACAUGCUGUGGUAUUUAUGAGCCGCCAUUUCUUGUAUUAUUGUGGUGAACCUACUCUGGAUGUGAAGAUUGCCUUUUGUCAGGGAUUUGGGAAACAAGUGGAUGUGUCAUACAUUGCCAAGCAUUACAACAUGAGCAAAAGCAAAGUUGACAACCAGUUCUACAGCGUGGAAGUUGGUGACUCGACCUUCACAGUCCUCAAACGCUACCAGAACUUGAAACCCAUUGGCUCUGGGGCUCAGGGAAUAGUUUGUGCUGCGUAUGAUGCCGUCCUUGACAGAAACGUGGCCAUUAAGAAGCUCAGCAGACCUUUUCAGAACCAAACCCAUGCCAAGAGAGCUUACAGGGAGCUGGUCCUCAUGAAGUGUGUGAAUCAUAAAAAUAUUAUCAGUUUAUUAAAUGUCUUCACACCACAGAAAUCUCUGGAGGAGUUCCAGGAUGUCUACCUGGUAAUGGAGUUAAUGGAUGCCAACCUGUGCCAGGUCAUUCAGAUGGAGCUGGACCAUGAGCGAAUGUCUUACCUUCUGUACCAAAUGCUCUGUGGAAUCAAGCAUCUUCACUCUGCAGGGAUUAUUCACAGGGAUUUAAAACCAAGUAACAUUGUAGUGAAGUCUGACUGCACGUUGAAGAUUCUGGAUUUUGGGCUGGCCAGGACUGCAGGCACCAGCUUCAUGAUGACCCCGUAUGUGGUGACACGUUACUACAGAGCCCCGGAGGUCAUCCUGGGAAUGGGCUACAAGGAGAACGUUGACAUGUGGUCAGUAGGGUGCAUCAUGGGCGAAAUGAUUAAAGGUGCUGUGUUGUUUCCUGGCACUGAUCAUAUUGAUCAGUGGAAUAAAGUAAUUGAGCAGCUGGGAACACCCUGUCCAGAAUUCAUGAAGAAGCUGCAGCCGACAGUGCGGAACUACGUUGAGAACAGACCCAAGUACGCUGGCCUCACUUUCCCCAAACUUUUUCCAGACUCUCUCUUCCCAGCGGACUCAGAACACAACAAACUCAAAGCCAGCCAAGCCAGGGACCUCUUAUCAAAGAUGCUGGUCAUUGAUCCAGCCAAGAGGAUAUCAGUAGAUGAAGCCUUACAGCAUCCAUACAUUAAUGUCUGGUACGACCCAGCAGAGGUGGAGGCGCCUCCUCCUCAGAUAUAUGAUAAACAGCUGGAUGAAAGGGAACAUACAAUCGAGGAAUGGAAAGAACUCAUCUACAAAGAAGUAAUGAAUUCUGAAGAAAAGACUAAAAAUGGCGUAGUAAAAGGACAGCCUUCUCCUUCAGGUGCAGCAGUGAACAGCAGUGAGAGCCUCCCUCCAUCCUCAUCUGUCAACGACAUCUCAUCCAUGUCCACGGAUCAGACCCUGGCGUCGGACACGGACAGCAGCCUGGAAGCUUCUGCGGGACCCCUCGGUUGUUGCAGGUGACUAGCCGCCUGCCUGCGAAACCCAGCGUUCUUCAGAGGAUGAUGGAGCCCAGGAGGGAAACACGAUGGGAGCUGAGAGACGAAAAGAAAGGGAAAUCAAGUGCAAAGAUUUAAAGCGAAACAAACAAAGAAACAAGCGAACAAACAAAAAUUCUUUUCAGCCUGCUUCUCCUACAGAGUUAUGUAAUGCAGCUAAGCUCAAGUGUGUAUUUAACUUAUAGUUGCUCUGCUUUGGUCUUCUUCCAGUGAUGCUUACUGGGGGGGAAAAGGAAAAAAGGAACUGAAAAAAAAUCCUUUUUUUACUCCCCUCCCCACAAGAUGUAAAAUGAAUGGCUGCAAAACCAGCAACCUGCAACUGUCUUUUUCACACUGGCAUGACAAGGUGUGCAGUAGCCACGCUCCACCCUACGAGUGUGUGUGUGCCUGCCUUCACUCUCUGCUCUGCCAUCUGCCCAGUGAGGCAGGCAGGGGUCUCCAUGCAUUCCUCCUCACACACAAACAGCACAUACACACACACAGGUGCCAACAGAGCCCUGGCAGUGCACUCAGCUGAGUGCCUGCACAUCUGCACAGGCACUUGGUGUGCUCUCCACACCUAUAAAUGGCCCGUUCCAGGCGAACUGCUUGACUUGCUUAUGGGAUCUCACAGUACAUAUUCUAUCUGUUUGCUCAUUGAUGAGGUUGCAUAUACUGGAUGAGGACUUGUGGAAGUGUAAAUAACCACACAGAACUGUGGCUCCCUCAGACACUUGAAGAUGUAGCACCAAAUUUCUGCUGAGAGUUGUAUAUAUAUUUUGAAAUAAUUACCAGUUUUACUGAAAGAAGAAGCCACAGAGCUUCAUAGAAAAAUGCUAGUUUGUGAAUGUUAAGACUUGUUGUUCUGAUUUUUAGAGCAGAUAUGCCAAGACUGGGUUAGAAGGAAGCACAUGUAUCUUUGCAAGCUACAGGGAACAAGAAUGAAGGGGUUUUAUGCAUGUCUAAGCCCAGAAAGGUAUCAGUAAGCAACUUUUUCUGUCAAUAUUAAGUGAGUUAUCAUCUUAGGUCAUAGAUAGGCUCGCUAUUUUGAAGUACAUGUAUGUUUGUAAAUUGGAGGGUAUGACAGGGUUGGGGAAUGAGCAGUCUAUGAUCAAAAGGACAUGCACCAACUUGUUUUUUUUAUGUCUAGAUCUUCAUUAGGUUAGCUAGAGAAGGGAUAUUUGCAGCCCACUCCCUCUCAGUGUGUGUUUGCAGCUUAGAGGUUGUUUUCCCUUUUCACCAUUCCCUUGCAGGCACUUCUGCUACUCAGAGAGCAGGCAUUGGCUGAGUGCUUUUGGCUGUUCAUUUCCUCAUGAAAAAUUGGACUCCCCAGGAAGUUUUAGCAUGUGUGUUACAUGGAAAAGAACCACAGAGUGCAUGGGCCUCAUUUUCCUGUAUUCUAACAGCCAAGGUUAAUCAAAGGUCAGUCAGCUCGUGUGCUGGGCUGGAAGGGUCACAGCCAGGGGUCUUGGGCAGUUUGGACAAGUUCUGAAGAACCCAACAGUGACUGAAUAUCAAAUUGAAUUUGCCAGGUAAUAAAGCAGAGGAUUUCCCGUGGUGAGUAACAGCAAGUGCUUUUUGUAGAGAAUGACAAAAUUCCACACAGAACUUUAGAACAACCAAAUAUUUUUCCAGCCAAAACAGCAACUGACAUUUUCCACUGCGAGGUCAUCAUUAUCUGAGUUGGAAAUUAACUAAAAUCCAAGUCAUCUGUCCUUUUACCAAAGUAUGCCAUCUAAACUGAAAUGAGCUAAAUCCUACUCUAAUGAUUUUCCAAAUGCCAGAGAGAGAAACUGUUUAGACUAUGUUAGUGGAUAUUUUAAAUUCACUAAUUCUUUUGUAUUCAAAACUCUGCCAAAAUAGCACUGUGGCUUACAAGCGUGCCAUUCUGUGGUAGGAAAAAGGUUAGUUUCAAGUGAGAUUUUGUUCAAAGGGAAGAAAAAAACUUCUCUCCAGGGUGAGGAGGAGGGGAGAUAAAAAUUAAGAGGAUACAAAAUAAAAUCAGACUUGGUAAGUUUGAGCUGUAUCAGAAUUGCUGUAGGAAGUGGGGGGUCUUUCCCUGGUUAUAUUUUCGGUAGAUUUUUAUCAAAUUUUUUUGAGAAUAAAAUUAGGUUGUUAAUGUUCUAAAAACUCAGAGCAGUAAUUUUAAAAGCAAUAAUUUACUACUGCUAAAUAUAUUUAGCAAUAUUUUCUCUUAAGCCAUGAAACAUCAGGUCAUUAUUGAGUGAUGUAACUCUCGCUCCAAAGCCAAUGAUCAUAAAAGUACUGAAAGGUUAACAGCAAAGCUCUGUAGGUAUGUAGGCAAUAACACCAAGGGUGACUUCUUAGCAAUAAUUAAAUCUAUCACCUCCAGAUUUAAUUCACCAUAGUUACAUAUUAAUAAUAUUCAGGUAACUAGUACCUACUAUACAUUCCUUAGUGUGCACCAUUUGGGUGUUUUAUUUAAACAAAGCUAAGUCUCAUCGAGGCAAAACUGCAAAAAUAUCACGAGUGUAGACUGUAGAAGCUUGGAGCAGUCCCAGUUCAUUGGAUGUGGCAUAGGCAAUAGCAGAGAAGCCUUUUAUAGCAGAUGGAGUCUUGCAGACCUCCCAUGUUUCAGGUCUUGAAGGCAAAUCUGUACUCUUAGUCCCAUGGCAUAAUUCAGUCCUGUUUGGGUUCAUCAGUGUGGGGUGGAGAAGCAGUCACCAGAGAAGGUGUCCUUAGGUCAGCACUGAAGGGACUCACAACACAGGAGUUACAUAAUCAGCUUUAUUCCUGAUUCUAGGCACCAGAGCUUCUUCAAACAUAUCAUGGAGACUGAAGGAUGCUUACAAAAAUUUAACUAGCGUGUGCUUUUGUCCUUUGCUCAGCAGUGAUCGACAUCAGCAUGUGCUGAAGUGCCUUGCUGAAAUGGGGCCUGAAAGAAUUACUGCAUCUCUUUUUGUCCUCAAAUUAGUCUCCUUCAUAAGAAACUCUGUCGGGGGAGGAGACUUGGAGCUGUCCACAUUGGACACUAGAAAAAAUAAAAGCCAUCAAUGAAGGAAAGCACUAGUGCUUUACAAUUCUGGUUCUUGUUUGUCCAAACCAUCAAGCAGGAAUAGCAUCCUUUGUUUUGCUUUGUGCCAGGAAUUCAGUGCUGUCAGCUGAUACCUUGCAAUAAUACAUGUACUCUUGAAGAAAGGAUCGUGGU